ACUGGGGGGAGGGAAAAGUGUCCGGACUGGAAGGGGGGGGAAAGUGUCCGGACUGGAAGGGGGGAAAGUGUCCGGACUGGAAGUGUCCCCGGACUGGAAGGGGGGAAAGUGUCCGGACUGGAAGGGGGGGGAAAGUGUCCGGACUGGAAGGGGGGGAAAGUUGUCCAGGACUGGAAGGGGGGGAAAGUGUCCGGACUGGAAAGGGGGGGGAAAGUGUCCGGACUGGAAGGGGGGGAAAGUGUCCGGACUGGAAGGGGGGGAAAGUGUCCGGACUGGAAGGGGGGGAAAGUGCGCACCCGGACUGGACUGGAAGAAAAAAGGGGGAAAGCUUUGGAGGAAAGUGUCCGGACUGGAAGGGGGGAAAGUGUCCGGACUGGAAGGGGGGGAAAGUGUCCGGACUGGAAGGGGGGAAAGUGUCCCGGACUGGAAGGGGUUAAAAGUAGUAAGCACUGGAAGGGGGGAAGUGUCAGACUUGAAGUG